AUGGGUGACUUUUUGGCAGCUAAUAAUGUUUGCGGACAAAACUUGCUGCGACUGGUAUCUCGUGGAAAUGCUAUUAUAGCUGAACUGAUGCGAUUGAAGGAUUAUGUACCGCCGGUCUUCAGCUUGGAUUCGAAGCAAUUGAUACAGAAAUAUGGAUCAAUCAUAAUUGACUUUGCAUACUUCAAGGCAGCCAGCGUUUAUGAGCAAAAGAUAGAAGAUGACUCGAUACUCCAAGAGACUGAUGAGGAGCUCCGGAAUAACUUUUCAGACAUACUCACAAGGUUUUACUUAGCUUUCGAGAGUAUACACAAGUAUGUGACAGAUCUGAAUUUUUACAUUGAUGAGCUGGGAGAUGGUGUUUAUAUACAUCAAUCCGUAGACUCUAUUAUGUUCAAUGAGGAAGGAAAACAAUUAAUGUGCGAAGCUGUAUACUUGUAUGGUGUCAUGCUACUGCUGGUCGAUUAUUAUUUUGAAGGACGAAUACGCGAAAGGUUACUUGUGUCCUAUUAUCGAUACAAUGCUCAACGAUCUUCCUCGACGAGAGUGGAUGACGUUUGUAUGCUACUCCGUUCAACGGGAUAUGUGAGAACAUUAUCUAAAAGACCAGCUAAUUAUCCUGAAGAAUAUUUCAAGAGAGUACCUUUGCGAGAUUUUUUGGUAGAUAUGGUCGUCGGUCGGCUACGCUCGGAUGAGAUUUAUAAUCAGACACUUGCCUUCCCGCAUCCGGAACACCGUAGCACUGCAGUAGCUACACAAGCGUCGAUGUUAGUCAUAAUUUUGUCAUUUAAACCAACGAUACUGCAUACGCAAACUGCCAUUAUGAGGGAGAUAGUAGAUAGGUUCUUUCCUGACAAUUGGGUAAUUAGCAUUUAUAUGGGAACAGUGAUCAAUUUGUGCGAUUGGUGGUCGCCGUAUAAAGCUGCGCGAACGGCGUUGAAUAAUACGCUUGAAAAUUCAAAUGUGAAAGGAAUUGCACAAAAAUAUGGCGCAAAAAUGAAUCAAUUAACGCAAGAGACUGAAGAGGUGCAGUUGGCAGGCACAUUGGAUGAAAACGCGACGGAUUCCCUAGUCAAAUUAGUUCGGGAAUGUAAUGUUACGUUGCACUGGAUUCUUCUGCACACUGCGACGCCUACAAUAAUGUUAGAAGACUCAAAACGUUCGCGUACUCUGCGUCAAGUGGUCGCGAUGGAGAGCAAAUACACCACAAUGAAAUGUCUUCGUUUGUUAUUAAGCACUGCUCAAAUUGAACAAGAUGUUAAACAAAUGUUCAAAGAUCUUUUGCUUGGAAAAGAAGCUAAAUGGCUAAAAGACAAAGGAAUAUGCGUCGAACGUAUAACUGAUCUCGCACAAAUUUUUGGAGGCGCCAAACCUCUAGAUGGUAUCGAUAAGAACCAAAAUCUUUAUACCUGGUUUAUGGAAAUAAGCAAACAUAUUGAUUCAUUAAAGCAAGAAGAUGGGCGAAAAAUAGUGCAGUUACUUCAAGCGCUGGAACAAGUUCAGGAAUUUCAUCAGUUAGAAAAUAAUUUGCACAUCUCUCAGUAUCUCGCUGACACGCGUGAGACUCUGCAUAACAUGUUGCGUACAGGCAGCAUAUCUGAAGAUAUCAUGAUAAGUUUGAAUAUCGUGACUGAUUGUUGUUACGCGUGGAAUAUCAUGGAAUCUUUUAUUGAUGUAAUGCAGGAGAGCAUAAAGGGAAACCCACCAACCGUCAUCAAACUUAAAGCUCUUUUCCUUAAAAUGGCAUCAGCAUUGGAAACUCCGUUACUUAGGGUGAAUCAAGCGCGAAGUGCGGACUUGUCCUCGGUAUCUCAAUAUUAUAGCAGAGAACUGGAGGGAUAUGCGAGGCGCGUUUUGCAAAUUAUACCUGAAACUGUGUUUGGCCUGCUAGCAGAGAUAGUGCAUCUUGAAACGAAUUCAUUUAAAGAGAUCCCGACUAAAUUGCCCAAAGAUAAACUUAAGGAUUAUGCACAACUGGCUGACAGAUUGCAGAUGGCAAAAUUAACGUAUGCCGUGUCAGUUUUUACCAAGGGUGUUUUGUCGUUAAGAAGCGUCUCUUUAGGAGUUUUAAGGGUUGACUCGCAUCGUCUCUUGGAGGACGGCAUACGUCAAGAGCUUGUGAAGAAAGUCACUUUGGCUUUACAGAACGGCCUCAACUUUGAUCAGAAAUCCAAGCUAUCUCUGCCACAAAAACUGAGAAAUUUAUCUUCAAUUAUGGAUGGGUACAGAAAAUCAUUCCAAUACAUUCAGGAUUACAUUAACAUAAACAGUUUGAAGAUUUGGCAUGAAGAAAUUACGUAUAUUAUAAACAAUGCGGUCGAGGAAGAACGUAGGGGCUCUUCUUGGGUGCCCGGAAAAUCGUGGAGGCAGUUCCAGGAAGAUAAGCACGCGUUUUCGACAGAUAAUAACUCUUUAACGUUCAUGGGUAGACUCGCCAGAGAGCUUAUCCGUAUUACCGAUCCCCGAACCAUCGUUUACAUAGAACAUUCUCUAGCAUGGUAUGAUAUUAAAACUCAAAAUGAGGUCUUAAAUUAUAAAGUUUUCUCGAUGAUAUUGGAAACAAUAAGUACGCCGGGAUUGUCGGGGCUGGACAAACUUAUUUCCUUCUUCAUCGUUAUAGAACUAGAAGCUUUAGUUCACUAUGUAGAAAAAAAUAUACGGAGCAAAACGUGGAUGUCGUUGUUAGAAGAUUGUGAGACUACUUUGAGUUCUUUAGACAGUGCUAAAGGUAACAUUACGAAACUUCACAAUUCUAUAAGCGCUAGCAGCAGCAAAUUGUGGUCAUCAGCGCUCGAGUGGACAUUAAAAAUAGGUCAUUACCAAUUACUCCGGAAAAAAAUAGCGUACGAGUUAAACACCGCGUGCAAAUUUGAAGCAAAGCACAUGGAAGCGGCACUUCGAACAUUAAACACGGCCAUUUUAUGCGAGAUAGCGAAUAAAGAUAGCAAUAAUGAAACUGAACCGGAGAAAAGUGAAUUACUUCAUGAACUUAGCGUGCGAUUGGACUGGGUUGGCAUCAGUGAUCCGCAUAACAAAGUUUAUAUCAAGCCACCAAAGAUAGAUAAUAUAGCUAUGAUUAUUUUUCUAUUCACAGCGUCGCAGUUAAAUAAAUUAUUCUACUGCAAAAAUACAGCAAGUCUUUUAAGCAAGAAAUAUCAGGAUCCCGUUGACGCCGUGGUAUUUGCCAUAGGAAUACAAACAAUCCUCCGACAAUUCCACGUUUCUGUGAUGAAUCGUUACGUGAAAUACCUUUGUAUGUACGUUUUGUCGUUCAUCACUGUGGAGAGUAUGAAAACUGGAGGUGACGCGGACAUUGAAGGAGCUACGAAUCUUCAUUUCUUGGAGCUUUUCGUGAAGUACUCCGGCAUUCCACGUUCUCUCAUUCUUAAAGAAAUACCCGUCGUCGUUUUAGAUCAUUCCCUGGUGAAAAUGUCAAAAUAACGCUGCAGCCGAAAUUUGUGAAAUAAUAUUACACAUUGUAUAAAUGAUGUAUCAUUACAUAAUAUAUUCUUACAUAUAAAGUUAUAUAUUUUGUGUAAAUAAAAGAAGA